GAAAAACUAGAAUCCGCUCAGCCGGCAUCGAGUGCGCGUCGGUUCAGCGUUCAAACUUUUCCCGUCGUGUCGUCGUCCUCGUCGUCGUUAUCGUCGUCGAUUUUUCGCAUCCUUCGGGAUCGGUCAGUGAAACGUUCUUUCCGAUUUCCUUCAACGGAAACGUGGAUAUUUCGUUUCGAACAGGUCGUUUUUUAUCUAUACGUUAUUGGGCGCGAAUCGAAAGAGAAGAGACGACCAAUAAUUCUUCGUUUCUCCCGUGUUUCGGUAAAACUCAUGGAGAGGAUUGAGGUGUAUUUGUAGUGCGUUGUAGUUCGGGGAUAGUGGAUCGAACGAUUGGACACGCAGUGUGUGUGUGUGUGUAUAUAUAUACACAUACAUAUACUUAUAUACACACAUAUAUAUAUACAUACACAUAUGUAUAUAUAUAUUUGGUGUUGAUACUAAUUUGGUGAGGAUUAAUAAUAUCGCCAGUUCCUCCCUCAACCCUCCCCACCCCUUUUUGGACGGUUGUUGCGCCACGACGAGUGUGAUUACCGUGAAGUUCGAAUAUGCACUUACCGGAGGGCCCACUAGGAAUGGACAUCAAUGCUAUGCAUGAGACUCUACAGGCGUGUCAUGGUGAUUUGGUUAGAACCGGGAGCCCCGCGAUCCUGUGCAGCGCCUUGCCAUCCCACUGGAGGUCGAACAAGUCGCUGCCGGUAGCGUUCAAGGUCGUCGCCCUGGACGAUGUUAGCGACGGGACACUGGUCACCAUCAGAGCUGGAAACGACGAGAAUUGUUGCGGCGAGUUGAGGAAUUGUACAGCCGUUAUGAAGAACCAAGUGGCCAAGUUCAACGAUCUCCGAUUCGUCGGGCGAAGCGGGAGAGGGAAAUCGUUCUCACUGACCAUCCAAAUCAGCACGGUACCCUUCCAAGUCGCCACUUACACGAAGGCGAUCAAAGUCACCGUGGACGGGCCGAGAGAGCCACGAUCCAAAUCGAACUAUCAAUAUGGACAUGGAUUCCCUGGACUCGGAUUGCUCAAUCCUUGGGUGGACGUGGCAUAUCUAGGACACGCGUGGCACUUGCCGCAUCCUGCCUUCGUCAAAGGGACCAUCCCGAUGCCAUCCACGGAUCUGUUUCCACCGACGUUCCCGCCAUCUGUUCUGCCAUCGUACCCGUUCGACCACGUGAAAUACCCGGCCGAGUACGCGACCACGCUACCCCCGAAGUCGAGCAGCAGCUCGAGCGCACAGGCGACGAUCCCGACCAGCCCGUCCAGAACGCCGCCAAAGAGCCCGAGCGAGUCGGGGAGCGAGUCGGCCCCCGAGGAGGUUCGAAGCGCCUUCGUGCCCAUCAGACUGAACACCCUGCCGCCGACCACGUCCGUCGUCACCGCCACCUCCGCCUCGUCCCCGGAACGGCUGCCCACGAAGAAGGGGGUCGUGGUGGAGGGUUCGAGGAACGAGCUCAAGGCGCCGACAGCCCUCAUCUCCCGUUCCAUGUCGCCCAAGAGGAGCCCCUCUCCCACCAAGAUCUCCUCGCCACCGCCCGCGAAACCGGUGUGGAGACCCUACUAGGGCGACUCGAGCACGAGGACCAGGUGAAACGAGGGCGUACAAUCCCCGUUGAAAGGCUAGUGAUUAUUUGGACGCGUCGUCGGGGAAUGUACUUUUCUCUUUCUCUUUCUUUCUUUUCUCUUCUUUCUUCUCUCUCUUUCGAGGAAAGGAAUCGCGAGGGAAAUCCUCGCUCAACAUCUCCGGUUCCUCUUCCUUUUUUUUUCCCGAUCUCUCUUUUCCCCUCGCCUGCCUUUCUCGAAUCUCUUUGAUUCUUCACGCUCGGGGUAUGCGAUGCACAACUCGACAACGACUAACACGAAGAUAUAAAGUCUAAAAUCUACGCCUGUGAUGUCUUCGGUUUUACGAGGACGAGGUAUAUAACGGAGGUAGAGCAACUUUGGAUGCAACUCGGAGGAUGAUCCGAGGAAACGUGACGCUGAAUAAGAUACGAUACGGAAUUUGAUCGAUGCCGAUUUUCUAAUCUUCCCAAGAUAUUCGACCAAGCAAUUUUUCAUCGUUCGGUUGAGGAAAAAAAAAUUGGAUCGCUGGUCGAAUUUUUCCGGGAAUACUCCUUUACAUAUGUACAUAGAAUUUGUAUAUAUCGUGUAGAUAGUUAGAUAAAUAACGAUCGUAGAGCGACAAAGCGAGAGGGGAAAUUAUCAUUAUCACACGUGUACAGUCCUCUUUUCUUUCUUUUUUUUAAUCUCUCUUCGAGGAAUGGAAGAAAAUUGCGAAAGUGUUGUGCGUAUAUGCGUGCGAGAAACUCAGAUGGUUACAAGAAAAAAGACAGAGAUGUUAAUAUUAUUUAUAAACCAGAGAUCUAAUUUAAUGUAAACAGAUGGUAUAUAUAGAGAUACGACGCAAAAUAAAAAUUCGAAUCAUUGCGUAA